AGCAAACGGCAUUCCGACCAACUGCUGACUAAAGAAGAACUCAAUUUCCCAGAAUCCUUUCAGAGACGGUGGAGUCAAAGGUUGUCAUUGGCUGAAGGCUUCCCUCUGUGAUUGGUACUGCAGGAUCAGUAGUGAAGUGUUCAAGAUGAGGCUGUGGACAAAAGCAACUUUAAGAACUGCAACCACAUUGCUUUCUACAGGCGUCAGAAACUUCUGCUUCCUGGGAAGUCCUUGUAUCAAGCAUUGUUGGAUUCGGUUACAUUAUGCAAUGAUAGUGUCAAACUCCAAAUAAUUAAUGAGAAGAAUAAGUUAUGAAUAUUGGCUGUAGUGAAGCAGUUGGUCAGCUUCCUGGGAAAAGACUAUUCUCAGUUCCUCUCCUAGUGGAAAUUUAUGCAAUAGACGGCAACAUUUUCAGGCUUAAAAUUAAUGAGGUAUCUCCUCUCAAAUCAAGGUAUGAAGUCCCUGAUGUUCUCAUAAAAGAACCUACCAUGCAGAGGCUCUCUAUAGCCCAGAAGGAAGCAGGUAUUCUGGUACUGACAUGUGCCAAUGAGGACUGCAAGAUUCACAUCACAGCAAAUCCAUUCCAGAUAGAACUAGAGUCCAAGGGUGAGACUGUACUGAGUGUGAACACCAAUGGCCUGUUGUACUUCGAGCAUCUACAACCGCCACCCCAAAACAGCAAAACUACAGCACAAAAGAAAGAGGACGCAUCAAUUGACUCCUCUCAGGAAAAUCAAGAGGAUCUGGGUCUCUGGCAGGAGGAAUUUGGCAGUUUUUUAGACAUCAAAGCUAAUGGUCCGAGUUCCAUAGGCUUGGAUUUUUCUUUGCAUGGAUGUGAACAUGUCUAUGGAAUACCAGAGCAUGCAGAAACACUUCUCCUCAAAAAGACCAGUGACGAUGAUGCCUACCGGCUUUUUAACUUGGAUGUCUAUGGGCACAAGAUCCAUGACAAAAUGGGCAUUUAUGGUUCAGUGCCCUUUCUGUUAGCACAUAAACCUAACAGAACUUCUGGGAUCUUCUGGCUGAAUUCCUCAGAAACUCUAGUGGAGAUUAAUACAAAAGCUGUAAUGGAGCAUGUACCAUCCAGAUCCCCUCCAGACAUAACUAAGCAGAGAGUGGUGCCUCAAACUGAUGUGCGCUGGAUGUCAGAAAGUGGAAUAAUUGAUGUUUUCCUCCUAAUGGGACCCACCCCUUUUGAUAUCUUCAAGCAAUAUGCACAAUUGACAGGCACUCAAGCCCUGCCUCCACUCUUCUCCUUGGGCUACCACCAGUGCCGCUGGAACUAUGAGGAUGAGCAGGAUGUAAAGACAGUAGACACUGGCUUUGAUGAGCAUGACAUCCCCUAUGAUGUUAUAUGGCUGGAUAUAGAGCACACAGAAGACAAGAGGUACUUCACCUGGGACAAGAAAAAAUUCCAGCACCCCAAAAGGAUGCAGGAACUGCUCAAGAGGAAAAAACGCAAGCUUGUGGUCAUUAUAGAUCCUCACAUUAAGGUUGAUCCCAUGUACGCCCUAUACUCUCAGGCCAAAAAGAAGGGGUAUUUUGUGAAGAACAGGAAAGGCCAAGACUUUGAGGGCAUCUGUUGGCCAGGUUCCUCUUCUUACCUGGAUUUUACCAAUCCUGAAGUCCGAGAAUGGUAUGCAGAUCAGUUUGCCUUCAAAUCAUACAAGGGCUCUACUGACAUCCUGUUUGUAUGGAAUGAUAUGAAUGAGCCUUCAGUCUUCAAAGGGGCAGAACUAACCAUGCAGAGAGAUGCUGUCCACCAUGGCAACUGGGAGCACCGGGAGGUUCACAAUCUCUAUGGCUUUUACCAGCAAAUGGCAACUGCAGAAGGACUUAUCAAACGCUCUGGGGGACAGAAGAGGCCAUUUGUCCUCACACGAUCUUUCUUUGCCGGAUCACAGAAGUAUGGUGCAGUAUGGACAGGAGACAACGUAGCAGAGUGGAGUUACUUAAAAAUCUCCAUUCCAAUGUUGCUCACAAUCAGCAUUGCAGGAAUUUCAUUCUGUGGAGCUGAUGUGGGCGGGUUUAUUGGGGACCCAGAACCAGAGCUACUUGUUCGCUGGUAUCAGGCUGGUGCAUACCAACCAUUCUUCAGAGGCCAUGCCAAUAUCGAAAGCAAACGACGUGAACCAUGGCUAUUUGGGGAUGAGAACACACGGAUCAUCAGGGAAGCCAUUAGAGAGCGCUACACCCUUCUGCCCUACUUGUAUUCACUGUUCUACCGGGCACACACCACUGCUGAACCAGUCAUGAGGCCUCUCUGGGUAGAGUUCCCCAAGGAACAAGAAACUUUUGGUGUGGAAGACGAAUACAUGCUGGGAAACGCUUUACUGGUGCAUCCAGUCAUUGAACAAGAGGCCACUACAGUGAAUGUUUUACUGCCUGGGUCAGAUGAGGUGUGGUAUGACUUCAGAAGAUUUAGACGACUGGACUAUCCAGGAACUCUAAAGAUCCCAGUAACACUGGAAAGCAUUCCAGUGUUCCAGCGAGGGGGGAGUGUGGUGCCCCUUAAGACCACAGUAGGAAGAUCCACUGAAUGGAUGACAGAUAUUUCUUACGAACUCCGUGUUGCUCUGGACUCCAAGGACUUUGCAGUAGGUGAGCUCUAUCUAGAUGAUGGGCAUUCAUUUCAGUACCUUCAUAAGAAGCAAUUCCUGCACAGGAAAUUCACUUUCCACAAGAAUGUUUUCUCUUCCAGCUGUGCUGAUGAAAUUGGGCAGUACCACACAAAAUGUGUAGUUGAACGGGUACUAAUUCUGGGAGUUGAAAAGCAACCCACAUCUGUGACAGUCAGUCUCCAGGGUAAGAGAGAUGGGAAAGACAAAGAAGUGGUUUUCACAUAUGAUGCCAAGACCUCCAUGUUGACACUGGAAAAACUAUUAUUAAAUGUUGGUGCUGACUGGGAAAUUCACAUCAAGUGAGAGGAGAAACUGUGUCUUCAAAGAACUGGAUGGAAAGUUGAAAGGAAAUGGUUUUGAAGGACUUAAAUUUCUCUCUUUAAUCUGACUAGUUUGAAAUAACGUAGGCAGAACUAUAGCAGCCCCAGGCUAAUCUUUCUUAACAUUUUCUUUUAAAAGAUUGAUUUAAUUUAGAUUUGACAAGCUCUUCUCUGGUCAGUAGCUGGCAAAAGUAAUAGUAAUGCGAUCAUAUCCAAUGGAAAAGGCUCAUCGCUGUCCUGCCAAGGCUGGUUUCAUUUUGGCAAACAGGAUUCUGCAGGCAGUGAGCUAAAUUCUGCCCUCCCUUACACCCAUGCAAUAAAGUCCUCCAUUAGGCUGUGGAAGAGACUUAAACCCAAGAAUUUCUAGUUUUUAAAUUUCAGGCAGUUUUCUAAGUGUCUGCAAAUCACUGCUAUUUUGACUGUUCAGCAAAUAGGGCAUUUCAGAGAGGGAGGAGCCCUGAAUCAGCUCGAUCAAAGAGCAUUGAUGAAUCUAUGCAAAAUGAAAAGGACUAAAAUGUAUGUUUAGGACAUUGUGUGCAAACUACCUUGGGCAGAACCAACUUGAAUGAGUGUGAUUACUUCUGUUACAAGCAUUCCCUUUCUGUCCCCACUGCCCUAGCCUACAAGCCAAGGAACAGCCCUACAGUCUGUUAACGGGAAAGUAAAUAACGGAGCUGGGUGAACAGUUCAGCAGUUGAAUCUGAACUCAGCCCAAAGUUAAGGAUUGUGAGGGCAGUAUGUACCAGGUGAUGUGCGUGAAUAAAGGAUAAUAUGGGAA